AUAAUUACUAGUAAAAACUAAAACCCACCCAAAACCAUACUCCCAUUGCCCUAAGAAUUCUUCUCCACAUUUCCCCCCCCCCUCUCUCUCUCUCUCUCUCUCUCUAUGGGCCAAGAUGAGAUGACCCUCCCGUUCAAACGGACCUCACUCAGAAACGCCGUUACGCCGAACCCCCGUUAAGUCACGUGCUUGCUCUGAGGCUUAGACCUUUCCCCACAGAGAAACUCUCUCUAAAGCCCCUACUGGUGUCGUGCAUAUGGCGCAUGAGCAGUUAAGCCCAGCAGCAGCAGCAGCAGCAACAGCACCGGUGCCCGUCGAUGCACACCCACACGCUACUCUGCCUCGCACGAACGGUUUCGAUGGUGCAGAUGACGCAAACAGACCGCCGAGGCUCCCUCGGUGGACGCGCCAGGAGAUACUGGUCCUCAUUCAAGGUAAGAAGGUGGCGGAGAACCGGGUUCGGAGGGGUCGAGCCGCCGGCUCGGCGUUCGGGUCCAACAUCUUGGAGCCCAAGUGGGCUUCCGUUUCGUCCUACUGCAAACGGCACGGCGUGAACCGGGGGCCUGUUCAGUGCCGGAAACGAUGGAGCAAUCUCGCCGGAGAUUACAAGAAGAUCAAAGAGUGGGAAUCUCUGAUAAAAGAAGAGUCGGAAUCGUUCUGGGUCAUGAGGAACGAUCUCCGGAGAGAGAGGAAAUUGCCCGGUUUCUUUGAUAGGGAGGUUUACGAUAUCUUGGACGGAGGAAAUGGGACUGCCACGUCGGCCUCUCCAGUAACGGCGAUUUCCGAUUUGAAGGACAAUGAAGGCUUAGUAGCGGCGCCGGAGGUCGCAGCGGAGGAGGAGGAACCGGUGUUCGACAGCGGUCGGAGCGCUGCGGCCGAAGAUGGGCUCUUCUCUGAUUUUGAGCAACCAGAGGAGGCUGGUGGGAGCCCCGAGAAAGAAACGUUGGUGAUGGGGAGCCCCACGAUGACUGUCCGGGCUCCGUUGCCUAUUUCGGAGAAGCAGUUCCAACCCUUAUGGAAAGGAGAUUUAGAACAAGGAACAACAAAUGAAAAGCAGCCUACUGUGAAUCCUGAGAAAGGGUCUACAUCUCAAGAGGAGGGACGGAAGCGGAGGCGGUUGGCUUCAGAUAUUGGCGGUGAAGCCACUCUACAGGACCAUCUGAUCAAAGUCCUGGAGAGGAACAGUGGAAUGCUUGCGGCACAACUUGAAUCACAGAACAUCAAUUGCCAAUUGGAUAGGGACCAGCGGAAGGAUCAUGCAGGCAGUUUAGUUGCCGUUCUUAGCAAACUUGCAGAUGCUUUAGGAAAGAUUGCUGAUAAGUUAUAGUGGAGAGCUAUAGGGUUUGAUGUACAUAAGACAGAUACUCCCCUGAGCUCCGUGGGUUGUAGUGUAGGCUGAGGAUUACGAAGAUUGCCAUCAAGAUUUAUCCCAAGCCACCAUUCAAAUUGGCUUUUUCAUAAGGUAUCAUUGUAAAAUUCCUUCCAGCACCGACCCUCACCCUUCUUCUAUUUUGCUUCUUAAUUGCCUUUUGUGGCUGACUGCCACUACAGGAUUUCAUACAGAAAUAAUUAACCACAGGAAUUUAUGUAGGGGAUUAUAGCAGACCUUUCUUUUUUACAUAUUAAGAGAUUUUAUGGAGUCUUGUAAUAUUUGAAUGUAUAUUUGAUUGAUUCCAAGAAGUAAGUCUUGCACA